GGAGUAAUAUUCAGAAUGCUUUCCAUAUUGUUCAUUAUCUCUGGCUUGCCUUGGUGGGUAAUAGCAUCCAGUGAUGGCAACAUUUCGGAGUCUCUUCUGGUUCCAAGGUGCAGUCCGCUAAUUCCGUGUGAUCCGUAUUUUUCAGUGGCGAGCUUUGUUGAGGUAAACUGGCUGGAAGCUAACUAUAUAUGCAACAGAGUGGGCGCCGUCCUAGCCACUGUCAGGAAUAAGGAGCAGCAUCAGCUAAUGCUUCACUACGUUAAUAAGAAUGAACGAAUUUUUGGGAACAGUACCUUUUGGCUGGGUGCCACUAAUUUGGUGGAGCACAGCUACAACUGGACCUGGCUGAGCACUGGCAUUCCGGUGACUUACGCACAAUGGUCCAAAAGGGAACCCAAAUCCGAUCGUACUGGUCAAGACGCCUGCCUUGUCCUAGGAAUUGACAACUUGUGGCACAGUGAUUCCUGCUUGAAAAAACGGCAUUUCAUUUGCGAAAAUAUUUGCUUUCUGAACUAUACAACUUUAGACAAAAAAGUAUAUAUCUAGAACUAUAUCUCAAGAAAUUACAAGGUAGAUAUCAUAAGAAUACGUUCUAAAAAAUAAAGCAUUUUUAUGAAAGCAAAAUAAAAAAGAUCAUUAAUGUUA